AUGGCAGAGAUCGUCGUGUGUUGCAUAUAUUGGUUUGUUCUUAAAGCAAGGAGACGCCUGCCUUUUGGAUAUCUCUCCUUGUUGAGUCUUUGUCUGCUCCGCGAGAAACCGAAACCCCAAAGACACGAGCCAGAACCGCCAGCCAUGGACAAUACUGUGUCCAAGACCGGAGACGGCGUUUCCCAACACGAACACCGCACCGAAGAUGUCGAGCAGCUGAAGCAUCAAGGCCAGAACACGGCCAGGGGCGCCGACCGGGCGGCGAACCUGAUCGGGGACCAGCAGAUCGAGCUCACGGAAGAAGAUAACAAACGCAUCCGCCGCAAGACCGACAAGCGCAUCCUCUCGAUCCUCAUCUGGGUCUACUUCCUCCAGAUCCUCGACAAGUCCGUCCUCGGCUACGGCGCCAUCUUCGGCCUCCGCGAGGACUGCAACCUCACGGGCGACCAGUACUCCAUGGUCAGCUCCGUCGCCGCCAUCGCCCAGCUCGCCUGGCAGCCCUUCUCGUCCUGGCUCAUCGUCAAGGUGCCGCACCGCCUGCUCAUGCCGUGCCUCGUCCUCGGCUGGGGCAUCGCCCAGGUCUGCAUGGCCGCCUGCCACAACUACGCCGGCCUGCUCGCCACGCGCUUCCUCCUGGGCCUCUUCGAGGCCGGCUGCCUGCCGCUCUUCUCCGUCAUCACCUCGCAGUGGUACCGCCGCGCCGAGCAGCCCAUGCGCGUCGCCUGCUGGUACGGCACCAACGGCCUGGCCACCAUGUUCGCCGCCGCCGUGUCGUACGGCCUCGGCCAGAUCGACGGCGCCAUCCACUCGUGGCAGAUCCUCUUCAUCUUCGUCGGCCUCAUCACCGUCCUCUCGGCGCCCCUGGUCUACGUCGUCCUCGACAACGACAUCCCCUCGGCCCGCUUCCUCACCGAGCACGAGAAGCUGCAGGCCAUCGAGCGCCUCCGCGCCAACCAGACCGGCACCGGCAGCCGCGACUUCAAGUGGAGCCAGGUCUGGGAGGCCCUGUACGAGCCCAAGAGCUGGCUCUUCAUCGGCAUGGCCGUGUGCCUCAACGUCACCGCCGCCGUGACCAACACCUUUGGGCCCAUUGUCAUCUCCGGCUUCGGCUUCGACAGCGAGAGGAGCUCGCUGCUCAACAUCCCCUUCGGCUUCGUCCAGCUCAUCGUCAUCUUCCCGGCCUCCUACCUCGCCCACCGCUUCCGCAUCAAGUCGGCCUUCCUCGCCGCCAUCCUGGCCCCCGUGCUGGCCGGCGCCGUGAUGCUCUACGUCCUCGGCCGGGACAACGUGCCCCCGCUGCUGGCGGCCUACUACAUGCUCGCCUUCCUCUUCGGCGGGAACCCGCUCAUCGUGUCGUGGAUGAUCUCCAACAUCGCCGGCACCACCAAGAAGUCCGUCAUCAUGUCGCUGUACAACGCCGGCUCGUCCGCCGGCAACAUCAUCGGCCCGCUGCUCUUCAACUCCAGGGACGCGCCCGAGUACAAGCCUGGCUUGACCAAGGUCAUGGGCAUCACCUGCGCGCUCCUUGCCAUCAUUGGCCUGCAGGUCGUCAACCUGGUCGUCUCCAACAAGAUGCAGGAGCGCAAGAGGGUGGCCAACGGCAAGCCGAGGAAGAUCCAGGACCUGAGCAUGGAGCAUCGCUACACCACCGCGCAGAACGAUGGCUCGGGUGCUCACCUGGGAGAGAACGCGUUCCUGGACAUGACGGACAGCCAGAACGACGAGUUUGUGUACGUAUACUGA